GGAAGAAACCCGCGUUCACCAGGCCCCGGGCUUGGGCCAGGCGCUGUCCUGGCGGCGUCAGGGAGGACAUCGUGCCAGGAGCUCGGACCCGGCAGCUGUGCCCCGCGCCCUGCCUGUCCAGCGGCCCGCAGGCCCAGCCCUCACGCUCCCAGCCUCCGCGGCCUUUGUGGCGUCACAACCAGCCUGAAGAAUGGUUGCCUUGGAGACGUAAACCCAAGAGCCCUGCUCCUGGAGCUGAGAACUGCAGCGCGGAGGCUUCGGAGUGAGCCUGGGCAGUCUGGGGCCGGUGAGGAUCUCCUUUAGAAGAGGAGAAGCCUUGCAUCAACCUCUUGGGCCUUAGCCAAGAUGUCUGAGACACUGUCCAAUAUAGUCUCCAAGAACAUGACCAAUGACAAGAACAGCCUGGAAUCCGUGAACAUCAGCUCUUCCUCAAGUGCUGAAGAGAACCCAAAGAAACAGGCAAAAAAAACCAAAGAGCAUGGUCCUGACCCUUCGGCAAAUCCUUUCCACUUGUCUGGGGAUGUGGAUUUCUUCUUGCUCAGAGAUCAGGAGCGGAAUAAGGCUCUCUCCGAGCGGCAGCAGCAGAAGACGAUGCGAGUGCACGAGAAGAUGACCUACUCCUCCAAAGUGUUGGCUAAGCACACCAGCUUGCGACGGCAGCUGCAGCUGGAGGACAAGCAGGAGGACCUGGAGGCGCGCACCGAGGCAGACCAUCUGCGAGCCUUCCGCGACUACAAUACCUGGAAGCUCACCUUGACCAAAGAAAAGAAUGUGGAGCCUGAGAACAUGAGUGGCUACCUUAAGCAGAAGCGGCAAAUGUUCCUCCUCCAGUAUACCCUGGAUUGCAAACGGAGAGAGAUCCAGCGGCUGGAGACACUGGCGACCAAAGAGGAGGCCAGGCUGCAGCAGGCCGAGAAGUCCCUGGAGAAGGAUGCCGCCUUGUUCGACGAGUUCCUCAGGGAGAACGACUGCAGCUCCGUGCAGGCCAUGAGAGCGGCUGAGAAGGAGACCAAAGCCAAGAUAGAGAAGAUCCUUGAAAUCCGGGACCUCACCACCCAGAUUGUUAAUAUCAAAAGUGAUAUCUCCAGAUUUGAAGACACUCUGCAGCAUUACAAGGUCUACAAGGAUUUCCUAUACAAGCUGUCGCCCAAGGAGUGGCUUGAAGAACAGGAAAAGAAACACUUGUUUCUCAAAAAGGCCAAGGAGGUCUCCGAGGCUUCCAAAGACGGCAGUGUUAACUCCACACCAGGGGACAAAGGACCAGGGAUCAAGGGCAAGGCGAGCUCUGUGUGGGCCAAAGAGGGUCAGGGUACAAAGAAGCCCUGGAGGUUUCUGCGGCUGGGGCGGAGCCUGUCUUACCUGAGCAGCCCCCAGCAAGGCAGCCAGCCCAGCGAGUCUAGUGGUGGCAACUCCAGAGGGUCGAACUCUCCCAUCCCCCCCACGCAGGAGGACACCGACAGCGAUGGGGAGGAACCACAGCUGUACUUCACGGAGCCCCAGCAGCUCCUGGAUGUCUUCCGAGAGCUGGAGGAGCAGAACCUGUCGCUGAUCCAGAACAGGCAGGAGAUGGAGGAGACCCUGGAGGAGCUGAGCCACACCCUGAAACACACGCAGAUCCACAUAAUAUACAGUACCAAGAGGGAACCUGCAUGUAAAGUCCAGACUGUGGGUGAUAAUAAUGUGUCCAGGGACAGGGAGGUCAACCAGCUGAAGCAGUGGGUCAGCACGAUGAUGAUGUCCAUCACCAAGGAGGAGGACACAGCAGCUGAGCUGGAGCUCAAAGCCCGAGUCUUCCACUUCGGCGAGUACAAGGGUGAUCAGCAGGAUAAGCUGCUAGAAAGCCUGAACUGGAAGGUGCUGGAUGUGUACCGGAACUGCAUCGGCACCCAGCAGGAGGCCAACCUGGGCACCGUGCAGAUGCUGACCAUCAUUGAGCACCAGCUGGAUGAGCUGCUAGAGAACCUGGAGCGCGUGCCCCAGGUCAAGAUUGAGCAGGCCGAGAGGGCAAAGGAGAAGGAGCGGCGCAUCAGACUUCGAGAAGAGAAGCUCCAGAUGCAAAAGAUCCUACAGGAGGAGCGUCUGCAGCGGGCCCGGGCGCGCGCCCAGGCUGAGAUCAAGAAGAAGAGAGGCAGGACAUUGGUAUGCCGCUCACAACCCCCAGUCCACAGGAUCAAACAAGAGUCUGAGCACACACUGAUGGACAAGGAGAAGGAGGAGCUGCUAUUUUUCUUUACGUAAUCUUCGCAGACCAUAGCUGUUCUAGCUGAAGGCUUAGCAAAGAUGUUGGCAGAGUCUGGGCUGGGUCUUGAAGGGCCCAACUGAGUCUUCUCUGCCUCCCGUGUGCUCCCUUCCUCACCUGAAUAAAUUCAUGUCUUUCUGGA